GAGACUGGUCUCUUUCAGGCUUGUGGCUGCAAGAAAGUGAGAUGGGCAUCACACCUGGCUGCUAAGAUCUCAAGAUCAAGGGUCAGUCCUACAAGAAGUUCCAAACAAGCUAAACAUUCGAAGCCAGUAAAACAAACUGUGGUAAGUUAGCAAACUGUAAGGUUUCUGCCUCUGACUUGUAAUUAAUCUACAAGCAAGAAAGAAUGACUGAAGACUUGUAUGUUAGCUAUAUACGUCUGCUUCAGUGUACCAGGAACUAAACAAUAUACUUUUUAGCAAAUUCGUAAGUUUGUAGAGUAACCAUUUACACAACCUUUUUCUAAGAGGUUGAACAGAAUCAUUCUUUUUUUAACAUUCAUUUUGAAGGUUAAAAAUAGACUGUCAGUUUUUUUCCCUGUAUAGUCAAAUCCUGCUUUGUAAAUAAAAGCUUCAUGAACACUUUGUAAUUGUGGACAGUUCUCUUUGUCCUGGGUGUAAGCCCUAAUAUUUUCUAUUCUUUCAACCCACUGAAGGUAAUUCCCUUGAUAACGAUGUACUAUUGAGCAAUAAAAAUACACGUACAGGUGUAUGGGCUCAUGAGCCUGCACGCUUAUUCUUCUAAUGUGUUUAAAUUACUAAGUUACAUGCAAAAUGUUAACAAGUUGAAUGACUGCCAAAAUUUGUUAUUUCAUAGUGCUCAGAAACAUUGCUUAUGUUUCCUUCAGUCUCUGCAUGAAAAGGGUUCAACUGUACAUGUGUCUUUGUUAAGAACUCUUUGUAUGUUAUUUUGUUACAUGUACAUAGAAUAUCAGACACCUUAAAUUAUAGAUCUUCUAACUAUGCAUAAAUAUGAAAUGUACAUUCCUGGUUAUCCCAGUAAUUAAUCCUGAUCAUCCCAGCCAUCCCAUCCAGUCAACCCAGUCAUCCGGUCAUCCCAGUUAUUGCAGUCAUUCCAGUCAUCCAUGUCAUCCAAAUCAUUGCUGGGUCAUUCCUGUCAUUCAAGUCAUCCCAGUCUUCCUAGUCACCGUGGUCAUACAAGUCAUUCCUGUCAUCCCAGUCAUCCUAGGCAUACUAGUCAUCCCAAUCAUUCAAGUCCUCCCCGCCAUUUUGUUACCCAAUUGAUCCCAGUCAUCCCAUGUAUACCAGUCAUUUCUGUCAUCCCUGUCAUCUCCAGGCUACCCACUUAAUCCAGUCUUCCCAGGUAUCAGAGUCAUCUUUCGUCAUCCCAGUGAACCCAGUCAUUCUCAUAAUUCUGGUCAACUUAGUCAUCCCAGCUAUCUGAUGGUCAUUCCAGUUAACCAGGGUACAUAAGAAAGUCAUUUUUACAGCUUGCUAGUCGGGCAAGCUUUAAUACUAGCCCAAACGCCAUUUCAACUAGCCCCCAAAAUUAUUUGAUGAACAGAAUUGAUUUCACACUUCUUCUGUAAGUUGAAUUCCUCAAAAUGCCUCACUUGCCCGUCAGGCAAGUUACAUUGUAAGAACAGAAUCCACUAGCCCAAUAGCAAAAUCCACUAGUCCCGGGCUAUCGGACACUACUUUCAUUCACCCUAGUCACCCUAGUAAUCCAAGUAACGACACCAAACUCACCCAAAAGUCACCCUAGUCAUCCAAGUCACCCUAGUCACCCAAGUCACCCUAGACACGCUAGUCAUCCUAGUCACCUAAGUCACCCUAGUCACCAUAGUCACCCAAGUCAACCUAGUCACCCUAGUCAUCCUAGUCACCUUGGUCACCUAAGUCACCCUACCCUAGUCACCGUAGUCACCCAAGUCAACCUAGUCACCCUAGUCGUCCUAGUCACCAUAGUCACCCAAGUCAACCUAGUCACCCUAGUUAUCCUAGUCACGUUAAUCACCUAAGUCACCCUAGUCACUGUAGUCACCCAAGUCACCCUAGUCACUCUAGCACUCAAGUCACCCCAGUCACCUAAGUCACCCUAGUCACCCUAGUCACUGUAGUCACCCAAAUCAACCUAGUCACCCUAGUCACCCCACUACUCAAGUCACCCAAGUCAACCUAGUCACUCUAGUCACCCUAGUCACUCAAGUCACCCAAGUCACCCUAGUCACCCAAGUCACUCAAGUCACACUAGUCACCCAAGUCAACCUAGUCACCCAAGUCACCUUUGUCACGCAAGGCUUCCAAGUCACCCUAGUCUCCUUAGUCAAACUAGUCACCCUAGUCACCCUUGUGACCCUAAUCACCCAAGUCACCUUGAUCACCCAAGUCCCCCCAGCCCUUGUCACCCUACGCACCCUAGUCAACCAAUACAGCUUGUCAGCAUUGUCACCCCAGUCAUUUAAAUUACCCUGGUCACCCCAAUUACCCUAGACGUCCUAGUCACCCCAGCCAGCCUAGUCACCCUAAUUACCCUCAUCAACUUUAAAAACUGCUGUUUUACCUUGUUAAUGUGUUUAUACAAUAACUGGUACUCUUACCUUGUUUUAAUAUGACUUGUUCUUCUUUUUGUAGUCAAGUAAAGCAGGAACUAUGCUCAUUUAAUUUAACUUGUUGUUCAACUGUUCAAUAGGAUUUGAAGACUGCACUUACAAGACACCUGGAAAAACGGAGAGAUUUUGCCAAGCAGGAAGCGCGAAAAAUUAACAUCCCUUCCCUAAAACAAAGAAAGGCGGUUGGAGAAGAUUCCAUUUCUAAAGGACGCAGAGAGAUAAUAAUUGAGCCCUCGUGUUCAGAGGUAAUGGUAUAGAAAUUGGAAAUUUAUAUCCAAACAUGGGAAAAGUGCUUCAGCGAGAAAAAAAUGUAACAGUUUUUUUUUUUUUAUAGUUAGUUAUGUAAAUUAGGGUAAAUAAGGCAUUUACCUUGCAGGAUCUGAACUCAGCUUCACAAUUAAAGAAGAGACUGACUUGCUUACUGCUCGGGUUUUUUGUCUGUCUUUAGGCCUUUGUAGACUUGCAGACUUUAAAUAUACCGUCUCCUAUUUUGAAAGUAAAAUUUAUCAAGCGACAGCAUAGAAUUGUAAAAGACUCAAGUGAAUAGAGCGCCGGCCCGGUGUCUGGGAGGUCAUAGGUUCAAAUCCUGUCGGAGACUCAGAUUUUUUCUUUGUCCCACGCUCGUGACAUGCUGAUCAUUUCAUUUGCACAUUUGUUUCUCCGAGCUUAAAAUUUACCAUCUUUCAUUUUUUAUCAAGCGUAAAAUUUUUGUUUUAGUUCCAAAUUUUUAUUCUUUUUAGAACCCUGCCUUCACAUCAGAGGAAAACAGCAAAGUGACAGGUCAUUCAUUUCGUUCCCUUCGCUUAAGAGAGGAUGUACUGAACGGAUUGAUGGAUUUAUCAAUUUCAAAACCCACUAUGAUUCAGGUAUACAUCAGAAAAUAGCUCAAAACUUUGUUCCAUAGUUUUUGUAGUCUUUACGUUGUCAAGUUUUAUUUUCAGUUUUAAUCACUGUUGAAUCUUUAUUUUUCUUUAUCAUCGUAGACGCAACAAAACAGUGCACUUUGAAUAAUCAUGUUCACGUUAAAAGACAACACAUACAGUGUAAAAGGAGAGGUUUUUGCGUUUCCUCGAGUGCGGAAGUUUUUCACCGCAAACAUAGAAAAUUACAUUUUUUAGUUUAGCAAGCACUCUAACUUCGCUUCAAAAACACUUGUAGUAGGCGUAUAGAGAAGAGAAGUCACAACGUCACAAAAACUAAAUUUUGAGAAAUCAUGGGAAAGGUUGGCAUAUCCAGAAAGAACAAGAUAAAAAGUCUCCACUUGGUCAAAAUGAGCCUGUUAGUGUAAAUUGGUGAGGAGAUGUAAAUAGCGUUAUUCUCCUUAUACGUUAGCGUUAUGACUCCAUAUACGUCCUUCUAAAAUAGACGUGAAUCGUAACCGUUACAAUCCAAUUCAAUUUAGAAAUAUUUGCACAGAUUCAUCAGAGUAUAAUGGUAGUCAUGUCUCUCCUCCAAUUUGCACCAACGGGCCGAUUUUUGGCAAGAGUUUUUUUUUUUCAUAUUGUAUAUUUACAAAAUCUCUCAAAUUUGAUCUUUUUUUAAUGACGCCACACAAUGCAAAAAAGGAAUCAAUAAGCCUAAUGUGGCUGGAAUAAUAGUCUUGGGUUGGAGUACAAAACAAUGCGGUCAUUAGUUACUACUGUCUUCUAAAUACAUUAGUACUAAAUGAAGACUUUUUUGUAGAGAAUGGCAAUACCUCUCAUACUCAAACGGGAACAUGUUCUAUGUGCCGCACAGACAGGUAACUUUUGCUUUUGUGGUAGCUUCUCAUACUAAGGGUAACUAAAUGUUCCAUAUCAGAGGAGUAUCUCCCUAUGGUAACGACGUCAAGCAGGAGGAAAAAACUUUACUUUCGACUUAGUUCCUUUAAUUUUCACUAGAUCGUAAGCCCUGCGCAUGCCAAUACGACUUAGACUGCGACUCUCAAUCUCCGCCUCUUUAACACUAACUGUUACAGUUCAGUAAAAUAGAUAUACCCAAAGAGGCAAUAAAAAACAGGGCCUGUUGUUUUUGUAGCGGGGACGAAAUCUUGCGUGGGUACCACAUAAGCAGAUUGCAAAACAUGAUUUUGUCGCUCGAAAGGCGAGGAAUCGUAGAUCCUUGAUUAUAUCGUAAGCUUGUCGCUCCUGUAGGGCGUGGGUGCUCAUUUUUUGAUCCCCACCGCGGACAUUCUGAUGGAACAUGGUCGGUAUUAACCGCACGAAUUCGAUAGACCAAUGCCACAUAUAUACAACUGUUCUUAAACUACACUCAUCGCUUGCGCAGACGAUAGAGCUUGUCCAGGCUACUCAGAUAACGAUUCUAAUUCUACUGAGUUUAACUGACUUCUAAACUUGAUCUGUGCUCCAGUGACAAGUGGUUGAAUACCGAAUAUAACCGAGAGGAACUAGUUUUUGACUACCAUGUACCCAACAAACAUUAUAGGGAAACGUAAAUUUAUGUUACCGAUGGUUUACAUGUCUUAUCAAAAUUUUAGGUACAGGAAAGACUCUCGCCUAUCUCUCACCGAUAGUUCACCAUCUGCGAGAUGAGCAGGAUCAGGGCGUGAUAUCACGUCUUAACAGACCUCGGGCUCUUAUUGUUUUACCUAACAGGGAACUUGCUUUCCAAGUUUUAGUAAGUGAAGUCAUCCUUAUUGUUAUUGUUUUUCGCUCCAGAAAGCGCAUAAGGCUUUUGUAAGUGGCAUCUGAUAAAUAUGAAUUUAUACAUCACCAUCCAUUUGGAUCACAAGGUGAAAUGACAAAACCAGUUUCCGACGUAUGCGUAACGAGUUUGAUUUUUCCUUUUUGACAAACUCUCGGCGAGAAAACAAAUAACGAUAAUUUCUGAGUACUUUUUGCAAAUUAGAAUAGACUUCUCUUGUAAAAAGUUGGGUCGUUGUCUUUUACCUCCUGAUCUGUCAUCAGUUAGGCCCGUAAACCUUUCAAAUCACUUAUGAUUACUGUUUUCUGAUCAAUGAUUCGUUAACAAACACCAAACUACUUCCGGCAGUCAGUGGAAGUAACGUGUUUUCAGCUAUGCUAUUUCUUGUUUUAGAAAGUGGCGAAAUCGUUGUCUCAUAACGCACGCUUCCGAUCAGCUCUUUUAACUGGAGGAAGAAAGCUAGUAAGUUGGAAAUGAUUAUUGACUAUAUACCAGUUCUUAUAGGGGGCAGCGGUACUGAGCGGUGAAUGGUUUGCACUUGCAAUCCGGGUGCUUCAAGUCCAAGCCUUUUUUUCGUGACAUAGUCUAGCUGGUUUUGUUCUCAUUUGUACCCCCCGAAUUUAACUCCUCUGUAAAGCUUGCAAAUAGCCAACUGGUUUGCCUCCAGCUAAUUGGCGUACUCGUUUUGUAAUUUCAAUUGUUUGUUUCUGUCUUUUUUUGUGGUCUACAAUUCAAACUACGGGUUACCAGCAUUUGUGUGACCCCUACAUAAGGUCAUUCAGUUCCCCUUGUUCUGAAACUAAAGCAGUAGGUAAAUCGGAUGGCCCUAUACAAUAUUCAUGUUUUCGUUUAUUUCGUUUGUAUGCACAUAUUUUAUACUGCUUAAAAUCUCUCUUUCAGACAUACGCCCGUCUCUUUUAUAUGUUAACCUAGAACCACUUCCGGUGCUUAUAAGUAGUGUUUCAUGGUAGCUCUUUUCGUAUUUAGCAUUAUUACAAGUGAUUUUAUACUUAAACGAAGUAUCAUUAUCUAGGGUGGACAAUGCGUUUAUAACACGGCGUAAUUUCUCCUUCGAAGCAUCUCAAAAAAAAGGUUAAUGAAUUGUGUUUUGCUGUUGUUGUAUUUUGUUUUCUUUUUCCUUAGAGAGUUUUAAAGUCAGGGUUUGAAUCUCCAGUUGAUCUUCUCGUCGGAACACCAGGAACGUUACUGGAAUUUCUAGAAAGAGGUAAAGGGUAAAGAAGUUUAAUGAUCGCAAUAUGUUUCGUUAAAAUCGCCCAUGUUCAACGGUGGUAGGCCAUUGGGCCUUAUUCACACGGCGGCCAUAUUGUCCCGAGAGACUGAAAAAUCUUUGUUUUACCAGCCUCGACCUCGCAGUAAAAAACUUGGGAGCGAGGCUAGACAGGUAAAACAAAGCAACUUUAGUCUCUCGGGACAAAAUGGCCGCCGUGUGACAAAGGCCCUUUGCACGAUGGCAUUAUUUCACUACUACGGCCAGAAUCCUUUUCGUUUUCUCUUUCAUAUCUGAAUUUGGUACCCAGUGAGGUUUAAAUAACAGAGGCCGUAAUUUGCACAAGAGAGCAAAACCCUGAAGGAUUCUUGUCGUAGUGAUAAAUGACUUCACCGUUCAAAUGGCUUCAAAUUUUUGACCAUUUCUUAGGUUUUUUUGCACCGCGUCUAUUCAGGCUCCCAUUGACUUUUUUCAAAAUGUUCAGUAUGUUUUGUGAUCUUUAAUUAUCUCCUUCAGGUCGAUUGUUUCUCUCGGACGUGUCUUACCUGGUAAUUGACGAAGCUGAUACUAUGUUUGACAAAACCUUCAAAAACGACACCAUGCAACUUCUUGAAACAAUUAACGUAAGUAUACAUAAAGGUUGCGUUUUCUGAGACUUGUCUUACUUAGAAGCAUCAAACCUCAAGUCCUCCACAUUUCCUACAUGGUGAAAAGCAAUACACGCUUAAUGUAAUUGUAAGAGGAAAUAAGCUGAACUUCAGGGAAAGGUUGCUAGGUAGUCUUCGGUGAUAGCCUUUCAGUACCGCUGUUGCUGAAAUUCAAAAAUGUUCGGUAAAUAUCCCAAACCAAAUGAAACCAUGUAAAAGUAGAACGAAAGAGGUUUCUGUUCUAUUGUAAUGCUACAGGAUUUCGUGCACAGACUCAUAGAACUGCAUCAGUAUUUUCACAAUUGUCUUCUCGGGAGCAGCAGUUCUGGCGCGAGGAUUUGUGAUAUCGAUGGUUUCCAAGAGCAACAAUUAACCAAUCACAGCUCAUUGGUUUCUCAAACAAUCCGGCCCAUAAGACUUAAGGUCAUGUUAUACGAGACGAUUCGCAACGACAAUUUUUAGCGCAACACAACGUUACAACAUUGUUGCAACAUUGUUUCGAAUAGUUCCAACAUUGUUCCAACAUUGCAACGAUGUGUUGCGCUAAAAAUCGUCGUUGCGAAUCGUCCCGUUUAACAUCACCGUUAGCCCAAAAAGCUUGUGUCCAUUCUCUCUCAAAGUUCUGUAUGGCCUGUUUUAGCAAAUAGUAGUUGAUGCAUUUGUCAUGUAUUUAUUCUGUUCUCAGAUAAGACAAGACAAACCGUCCCAUCGCUCUAGUUUACCUAAAGACGCGCAAGUUACUGUUGUCUGUGCGACAUUACCAGAAGAAUUUUUCGAGGAUACACUCCAAGAUAUUCUACCGGUAGGGUAGAUAGAGCAUAUCGGUCAAAAGAAAAGUUUAGCACCUUUUGGUAAGGCAGAAUGCUUCUUCAAGACAGGUAGCUAAAGCGGGCGGCCAAGUCCAUGGGCGGAAAAAAAGAGUGGGAAAACGUGUAGACAAUGGAAGGCGCGGAGAACGUGUGGCUACUGAUCAAUGAGAACGGGGGGAAAUGUGUUACACUGGAAACCGUGGUAACGUGUAAGGAAAAGUGUAGCUGAUCUAUGGAAAACGCGAAAGUGAUCAAAAGCGCGGGAAGCCUUUAUCGGUGCCUACGGUGGAUAAACCUUUGUCAAAAGUGGACAAACGUGUGCCUUUUAGCAAGAGUAGAAAUGAACGUAUGAGUCGCAUGACGUGUUUCUUAAGUUUUUCCCUUUAAAAGACAAGUUAGAGUCUUCAAAGGUUAUAUUUGAGUUUGAGUUCUUGUUUAGCAAUAAUGUUCAGGUUCUUAUUCAAGUGUGAACAUUUACCAUUUAAAUGUUGCUCUCCUCUUCUCUCCAGCAUUUACAGGCUUGUACGUCUAGCCAUCACCGUAUCCUGCCACAUGUGAGACACAAGUUUGUGAAAAUCCCACAAAAUGAUAAACCAGGUAAUUAAUACAAAAUUUUUAUUUAUUUUGAUGGCUUUCACCGACAGAAAAAAAUUAUAAAAUGAUUUAAUCGAUAAGUAACAAAUCAACGAAAUAUAGGCGGCACCAUUGCCACAAAAAGUUAUUGUUUUAGUGGCCUUUAUUUGAAAUCUAUUGUAGGAUUUCAUCCGCAGGCUCAAGCAUUUUAUUUUCAGACCUGAAAUAGAGGAACACCUUGUACAGGAUAAUAAACUGUACUAAACGGGAACACAAGAAACUACUGCUCAGUAGCUUUCACUUGAAUGUAUUUACUUUAAGAUUCAUUUAUAGUCUCAAAAAUUAGAACCACCUUGUACAACAUAACAAGCACCACAACCAAUAAAAAUACUUCUGAGUACAGAGCUUCUAAUUGAAUGGAGUUUAUGCAGCCAAUCGUUACUUACAAAUCAGCCUUUUGGAUAUUUACAAUGGUUUUUUUUUGCUAUUAAGGACCUUUUUUGUUUCUCUCUUUCCAUGCAGAGCAACUUUUAGAACUUCUGAGAGAAGACCUGUCGUUGCACAAUCGACGAACUGUUGUGUUCUGCAACACUACACCAAGCUGUGAUUUUAUAGGACAUUAUCUCACAAAUAACGGCAUCUCACAUAUCAAACUCCACAGCACCAUUGCUAUUGAGGUAGAGGAACUUGGAAGUAGUCUAUCAAUUUCACGGGCACAGACCUACCCAGUGGGGAUGGGCUUGCAGACCUUCCAUAGGGCGUGGGCAAGAAGACCUACCAAGUGGGGAUGGGCUUGCAGACCUUCCAUAGGGGGUGGGCAAGCAGACCUACCUAGUGGGGUUCAGAGCGUACCCUACCCACCCCUACCAGUUUGAACGUAGACCUCGCAAUGGGAAUGGGUAUACAGACCUACAUAGUGGGGUCGGAGACCUACCCAGUUGGAAUCAGGGCUUGCAGACCUACCCAAUGGGGAUCAGGGCAUGCAGACUACACAGUGGGGAUGGGCACGCAGACCUAUCCCAUGGAGCCGUGGGAUCUACCCAGUGGCGAAGGGCGUGUAAAUCUAGCGAGGGGGGUUGCGCGUCCAGACCUACCCUGUUUGUUUCCUUUCUUCCUAUUCAUUAUCACAACCGCCCUCUUUGUGUAACGUAGUUUGUGGGUACGUUCACUCAAUACGGCACUUGCUUGAUCUCAUUAUGAUGAUCUCGUUUUGACUCACCAUAGCUCGUGGAUUUGUUUGGUUGUUUGGUUGAUUCAUAGGGUAAAUUAAAUAGCGCCUUGGUGUGUAUGGGGAGGAGAUAGAAUUUCAUCCCAUACACCUUAAAUUCAUGAAACUGUCCGUAACUCUUGUACUCGACAUUAAUAGACUUUGCCUUUCCUCCGAGGCAAUUUUGUGCAUUUUUUAAUUGCAUGACUGGAUGCAUUAAUUGUUGUCUGCCUUACCUGUUGUAGGAAAGAAGUAAGUUGUUCAAAGAUUUUCAAGAAGAAAAAGAGCGGAUUCUUGUUUGUACUGACGUAGGGUCCAGAGGCUUAGAUACUAACGUAAGAUGUCGUUUUUGUGACGUCAUCACUGCUUUUCUGUAUUGAUAGUAUAGAGUGUUUUCACGUGACGUCACGGCGGCCAUAUUGGUGUCCUAAAACAAUGAAACGGCGGCCAUGUUGGUGUCCCAAACCAAUCCUGUGGGAGUUGAACUCUUUUCUUAUGCAAAUGCUUUCUUUUGUCCCAAUAAAUUUGCAUAGAUGAUGGCCGCGUGAGUGAAAACGCUCUAUAGAGUUUAGCCAAGAUAACUGCACAGGUCUGCACGUACGCUAAAUAUUACCGUUUAGCUAACUUUGUCUUCUUCAGAAGACUUGUUCACCAGCUCCACGUCUUCCCUCGUUCUUCCCAUUUACUCACCUUCAUUGCUCUUAACGCCGAUGUGACAAAGAUUCGUUUUUCAAGUUCAUAAUGGUGGAAUGUUGAUCAUGAAUGAAUAAAUGAAUGAAUAUAUGAAUGUUAAUCUGUGAAGGUCCUUUACACUUACGCAGCGUUUAUCAAAAAACGUUAAACAAAGUGUUGAAACGAGUAUCAACAAGUACGAUUAAAAACGUUUUUGCUUGCCACUGACUUUGGUUUUGUGAGUUAAACUUGAUUUAAAUAUAACUUCGAUAUCUUUUUAAACAGGUGAAUCAUGUGAUCAAUUUCGACUUUCCAGUAAGUGUCACGGACUAUAUUCACCGCGUGGGAAGAACUGGUCGCGUAAGGACUGUUCCGAGGCAGGAUGACGUCGCUAUGGCCACGAGCCUAAUGUCACAUAACAGAGAUGUGAGAAUGGCCCUGGCAAUCGAGGUUUGA